AUGGGUUCCGACGUGCGGGACCUGAACGCGCUCCUGCCCGCGGUGUCCUCGCUGGGCAGCGGCGGCGGCUGCGGGCUCCCUGUGAGCGGCGCUGCUCAGUGGGCACCAGUGCUGGACUUCGCGCCUCCGGGUGCUUCGGCUUACGGGUCGCUGGGCGGUCCCGCGCCUCCACCCGCUCCGCCGCCACCUCCGCCGCCACCCCACUCCUUCAUCAAACAGGAGCCCAGCUGGGGCGGCGCUGAGCCGCACGAGGAGCAAUGUCUGAGCGCCUUCACUUUGCACUUCUCUGGCCAGUUCACCGGUACAGCCGGGGCCUGUCGCUACGGACCCUUCGGUCCUCCUCCACCCAGCCAGGCGUCCUCCGGCCAGGCCAGGAUGUUCCCCAAUGCGCCCUACCUGCCCAGCUGCCUGGAGAGCCAGCCCACCAUCCGCAACCAAGGAUACAGCACAGUCACUUUCGACGGGGCGCCCAGCUAUGGCCACACGCCCUCACACCACGCGGCGCAGUUUCCCAACCAUUCCUUCAAACACGAGGACCCCAUGAGCCAGCAGGGCUCUCUGGGCGAGCAGCAAUAUUCGGUGCCGCCCCCGGUGUAUGGCUGCCACACCCCUUCGGACAGCUGCACAGGCAGCCAGGCCCUGCUGCUGAGGACGCCCUACAGCAGCCACGGCACAGGGUAUGAGAGUGAGAACCAUACAACCCCCAUCCUCUGUGGUGCCCAGUAUAGAAUACACACCCAUGGAGUCUUCCGAGGUAUUCAGGAUGUGCGACGUGUGUCUGGAGUGGCCCCGACUCUCGUCCGGUCAGCCUCUGAGACCAGUGAGAAACGUCCUUUCAUGUGUGCUUACCCAGGCUGCAAUAAGAGAUAUUUUAAGCUGUCCCACUUACAGAUGCACAGCCGGAAGCACACUGGUGAGAAACCAUACCAGUGUGACUUCAAGGAUUGUGAGAGAAGGUUUUCUCGCUCUGACCAGCUCAAAAGACACCAAAGGAGACACACAGGUGUGAAACCAUUCCAGUGUAAAACUUGUCAGCGCAAGUUUUCCCGGUCCGACCACCUGAAGACCCACACCAGGACUCAUACAGGUAAAACAAGUGAAAAGCCCUUCAGCUGUCGGUGGCACAGUUGUCAGAAGAAGUUCGCGCGGUCAGACGAAUUAGUCCGCCAUCACAACAUGCACCAGAGAAACAUGACCAAACUGCAGCUGGCACUUUGAGGGGUCCGACGGGGGGACAGCUCAGCAUCCCAGGCAAGACAGUGUGCAAACCGCUUCCAAACCCGAUUUCGAAAUUUCUCCCCACUCAUCUACAGAGUGACUUGAUGGUGGAUCGUCAUCCAACUUCCAAGACAGCACCGUGUUUGGCUACACCCUAUCAGGUCUGCUGGGAGGAGUCUGUGCUCCACCUCCUUUUGGCUAACUCACUGGCCUGAAAAAGUGGCCCGAGAUGUCUUGCUGGUUGAAAGAGCAAGGCCACUCCAGCCCAACUUCCCACUGUUAGAAGAUACAUUGUUGCUAAUGCCCCCCACCUCCCUCUUCUCUCUCAUGCGGUUUUCACCAGGAUGGGAGCGAUUGUUCCAUUUUCCAUCGUGGGAUAUUUAUAGGCCAGGGCAUGUGUGUGUGUCUGCUAAUGUAAACUUUGUCAUGGUUCCCAUUUACUAACAGCCCUAGAAAGAAAUAAAUCAGAGAGCAAAGCACCAGGGGCAAGUCCUGCCCAGAAUUUCAGAGGUCAGGCUACAAACCCGGAAUCCUGGAAGGCAGGAAUUCUUUUAAAGUUCAUAGGUUGUAGGAUUAGAAUUAACCGGAACCUCUGUAUAGAAAUCUGAAGGAGCCUUCCUGUUCAACUAGUCAUUGCUAACAUUAGCACCGUGCUCUUAAGAAAUGAUGUUUAAAGAGCAGAGAUUUUUAAAACUGUUUUUGAUUUAUUUUUUAGCUGUAAUUAGGUACAUCUUCAGAGAUGUACUUUCCUCUUCAUGCAAAGGAAACGGAAGAGUUCAUUUUCAUCAUCUGGGGUCUCUUUAGAAUGUAAAGACCACACUGGCUAUGUGGCUUUGAGUUGUAAAAAUUAAAAUGACUUUAAGAGAAACUAGGGGCUGGUCCAGGAUCUUCACUGGUAAGACUGUUCUUAAGUAACUUAAGUAUCUUUGACUCUGCAAGUAUGUGGGGGAAACAAAAAGAUAUAUUAUUGUGAGGAAAUCCAUUGUUUAAAGGUGUGUGUGUGUUGUUGUUGUUGUUUUUUUAAAGGGAGGGAGUUUAUUAUUUACUGUUGCUUGAAAUACUGUGUAAAUAUAUAUGUAUAUAUGAUGUGUUCUUUGUCAACUAAAAUU